ACGAUAUGGAUGACCGGGGCAACCAUGACCCCGACGAUGGCAAUGUCGCAGCUUAUUUCUUCCCAGCUAUAGGUACCCAGGGAUAUUACGGCGCUAAGCAAAGCAUCGAAGCGCUUAAGAAGGCGAGCCCGCUGUACCUGCGCCCAAGGCGCCAGACGCCGCAACCGGGCCCUGCGGGAAUCCCCACAAGGCAGGAGCUACAGCAGACGGCGGGAAGGGGAGGUGACAAGGACAGCGAUCUGGACUGGGAGCCUUGUAUACGGGUGACCUUCGACAGCAUCCUCAAGACCCGCCAUGGCCUCAGGGUCGGCAGCUCCAAAGACGUCGAGUUCCAGGUUCCCAACAUCAGCAGACGUCAUUUUGCGCUGACCUUCGACGACAGCCACCGCCUUGUCAUCCAAGACCUAGGGUCCACGGACGGCACCACCGUCAUCUAUGACAAGCAAAAACUGGGUCCAUGGCGGGACUUCGGCUGGGUCGUGGGAGGUCCCCAGUUUCUACAGAAAGUAGACGAGGUCGACGUCAGGGUGACUAAAAUGGUGCAGUUCCGACUCAUCAUACCUCGACACGAUUACAGGUCCGAGUCCUACCGGGACAGAGUGGACAAAUUCCGCAUCGGUACGACGCGUGCGAUGGACAGCCCCGAUUAUAGUAGCGGUUCCUUCGACCUGUCCUCCAUCGUCCCCACAGUCCCCCAGCUGGAUGCCCCAGCAGUGUCCCCUGCCCCUGCCCCCGGAGUGGAAGUGACAAUACGAAAGAUAUUGGGCGCGGGUAACUUUGGGGAAGUCUACCACGUCUGGGACGUCAGGACCGGCACGGAGUAUGCGCGCAAGGAAAUGAAAAAAGCCCCAGGCCUUGAUCUUGCUACUCUUGUUCGUCUGUGGAAGCAGGAGAUUGGCAUCAUGAAGAAGAUCCGCCACAAGCACAUUGUGUCGUUGAAACGCUGGAGUCUGGAGCCGUUGCCGUGGCUGGAUCUGGAAUACAUGCCCGGGGGCUCCAUCCGCGACCACCUCAGUUCUCACGGCGAAACAGCAUUCACCGAGCGUGAAUGCGAGCAGAUGCUUCUGCAGUCUUUGGACGCCCUGGCCUACUUGCACUCGCACUCGCCAGGCUGCAUCAUGCAUAGAGACAUCAAGCCUGACAACAUCCUGAUCUUGCACCGCCGCAAAGACGAGCUAUUCAUCAAGCUCGCAGACUUUGGCUUGUCAAACGAGGGAGCUGAGCGUGGAUCCGUCUUGGGCACAGACCGCUACCUGGCCCCUGAGGUACAUGAGGUACGCACCUUCAAGAAGAAGCGUUAUACAGCUCUUGUGGACAUCUGGUCCCUGGGGGUUGUUCUCGUCGAGCUCCUAUGUAAACUCCCCAAGCAGGAGAGCAGCGGAGUGCGUUGGUGCAGGAGGAUCCGCGAGUGGGCGGGAGAGAAACAUGGGCAGAAUCAUCUGCAAGGCCGACGAAAGGAUUUGCUAUCGUUCGUUCUGGACUGGAUGCUCUGCCUCGACACAGAUGACCGAAAGACGGCGAAGAAGUGCCACGAGGAGGCCCUCAAACUCUGGCCGGACAGCAAUAUCGCUCCCGAAAGCGGUAGCGAUCGAGGAGAAGAGAACCGCUCCCACAGGGCCCCGCCCCCCGAGACGGCAGCCUCGACGGCAGUCCCGCCCCCCGAGACGGCAGCCUCUCCUUCCGAGACGGCAGCCGAGACGGCAGCCGAGAAGGCAGCCGAGACGGCAGCCCCGCCCCCCGAGACGGCAGCCUCGCCUUCCGAGACGGAAGCCCCGCCCUAUGCAAAUGUAGGUGUACAGCAGAUGCUGGAAUGGCUCCACGAUCCUCAGGGCAGCGGAUUUUACGAAUCCAGCGUCGGGGGUGUCUCGAACUGGGAUUCUGGCUCGAACUGCAUCAGCAGUGGCGGCAACACCGUUCGGAACACCACUGUCGAGCCGCGGGAGCGAGAAGAUGGGCCGUCGGGUGCCCCAAGCCGGGAGGCGCUUCUCGAUGAAGAGGCUAGUGCGACGCGCUCGGCCAAGAGACCCAGGUCCACCAGCACGGGCCCUGGUUCUGAGAGCCCUCGGGGGUUGUCGGCUGGGGGAAGCAAGCGGCGUAGGGAGGAAUAGGACUGUGUGGGAGUGGCUAACCACAACCGGUGGCUGUGUGGAAUGGGAGCAACUGUGAUGGGAUGCAAACGGCAUGCAUGGAAGAAACGGAAUUGUAACUGAGGCGGCAUUCCAGUGAGGCUGGGCAUCUUUACAGAGAGAUAGAGGCACGUACCCGCCACCCCCGCCUGUUCCC